AGAAUCGCGCGUACGGGUGGGCUUCAAAUUGGAGAGAGGGUGGAAUUUUAGGGCUCCCCACGACCGAAGCCCGUGAGGGGUGCCCGCGGAAACGAAGGUCAAGGUGAGAGCUGAAGAAAGAAGAGCUCCGAGAUAUGGCCGGGCUCCAAAUCGGAGAGAAAGUGGAGAGGGUGGACGGGCGGAAGCUGAGAUACGAGGAGUUCGUGGAGAGGUACCUCAAAGGGAACCGCCCCGUGGUUCUGACGGGCCUGAUGGACGGCUGGAGGGCCUGCUCCGAUUGGGUCAACCCCAAUGGCCGCCCCAACCUCCCCUUCUUCGCCCGCCGUUUUGGCAAAUCCCUCGUUCAGGUUGCCGACUGUUGUACAAGAGACUUUACAGAUCAAAAGAGACUUGAGAUGUCUGUUGCAGAUUUCAUAAGCCACUGGCUUGGUCUUUCUGCGGAGAAGUGCGCUGAUGACUUAAAUGGCAGUGAGCAAAUGGGUUCCUUGCUGUAUCUUAAAGACUGGCAUUUUGUCAAGGAGUACCCUGAUUAUGUUGCCUACACAACUCCACCCUUCUUCAAUGAUGAUUGGCUCAAUCUGUAUCUUGACAGUCAUUAUAUGCAUCGCGAUUCUGAUAUUCAUCGUGAUAAAAAUGAAAUUAACUGUGCUGAUUACCGCUUUGUUUACAUGGGAGCAAAAGGUACGUGGACUCCUCUUCAUGCUGAUGUUUUCAGAUCAUACAGCUGGUCUGCAAAUGUUUGUGGGAAAAAACAAUGGCUCUUUCUACCACCUUCACAAUGUCACCUUGUCUUUGAUAGGCACCUGAAGAACUCGGUGUAUAAUGUUUAUGAUGAUGUUUCUGAAACACAGUUUCCUGGUUUUAAGAAGUCUAUUUGGUGGGAGUGUGUUCAAGAACAAAAUGAAAUUAUUUUUGUACCUAGUGGAUGGUAUCAUCAAGUUCAUAAUUUGGAAGACGCUAUAUCUAUAAACCAUAAUUGGUUCAAUGCUUAUAACCUUUCUUGGGUGUGGAAUUUGCUUGUUGAAGACUACAAUGUGGCCAAGGAGUAUAUAGAAGACAUCAGAGAUAUCUGUGAUGAUUUUGAAAGUAUCUGUCAGCGUAAUCUUGAAGCUAACACAGGCAUGAAUUUCUAUGGCUUUUUUAUCUUAAUUACACGAUUCGCGCUGGCCAACAUGAUCCAACUGUACCAUCUUAGAAAUGAGGAAGAUGCUGUCUCCAACUCAUCAAUCAAAGCUCAAUAUUUUAUAAGCAACCUUGUGUCUAUACGUGCAGUAGCUUCCAAAAUGAAAUCAUUUGAGGCAUUUGCUGGUGAAAAUUUAAAUAGCUGCUCCAUGGAAAAUCGUAGUGCCUUCUCCGAUGUCAAGAAAAUUUUGGAGGAGAAAGACUUCCAUGAGCUCUGCAUGGCACUGGUAAGGGCAUAUGAAACUACAGAUGGGCGAUGGGAACAAAAUUUUGAAAUAGGAAAGGGACCGCUAUGUCCAAAGGGCAGCUUGUUGCUGAAUUGCUUGAGAGCAGAUUGUGGGGUCCAAAAUUUUGUUACAGCUUCCAGUUCUCCGAUAUGCGGUCCUGAAGAUUUGAUUAGAUUGAUUGAACAUGCUAUCAUAAAUAGCAGCAGCACUUCUGGUGAUUUUGUCAUGCUGUCUGAAUUAUGUGAUGGUGCAAACAAUGAAGUCAGGUAGAAGUUUAAACUUGCCUGCAGCAUGCAUCUUUACCCGGGGAGCUAGCUUCCAUCCCCUCCAGGGAGUCGGAGGUUAUUUUAACAAAGAUGAGAUCUUUAACAUGUUCUUUAGUUUUGUACAACAGCCAACUCCAAGACCAAGCGGUUAGCAGGGUCUCUAAAGGUUUGGCAUCUUUAUCUCAGUGCGAAUGUUUUUUUAAAGGAUUCUGCAGCAGCAAGCCUGGAGAAAGCUCGAAGUUGGUUAAAAAUGGCACCGAGGGCCCGGUACCAUAGUGAACCUUUAUCGCAUAAUGAACUCGUUAAGCCUGCAUGCAUGAUAUAAUUUCUGUCACCUGGCCGAGCGAAGUCCUGUUUGUGUAACAUACAAUUUUCCUUCGUAUCUUAAGAGGCUCAAUCUGCUCUUCUUUUGCCAAUCUUGGUCUCAUUUUUCGCAUCUUCCCCAUACAAACUUGUUUAUGUUGGACUCAUUUGCAUUGCAGAUUGCAGUUAUUUGCUUUUGAUCAAAAAAAUGAAAAGUUGAAGAACAGGGUUCUGGAACAUGUUGCUCAGAGCUUUCAGCUUGAUUAUGAAAUAUUUAUCUGGGUUUGAUGUAUUUGUCUUGAGAAUAAAUAAUUCUGAAGAACUUAUAUAACUCAUUGAUCGCGACCAGCCUACCAGAACCUGAUGAUGGUUUCAUUACUGGAUCUGUAAAAGAUGCAGCAUUCGAAGAAGUUGUUGCUGUCCUAAAUUCACCCGCAGAGAAUAGAGGACGACUUGAGAAUCGGCGAUCAAGAACCAAACGAACCUCUUCUCUUGUGUAAAGUCUUUAAAGCAGUAAAACACUUCUGCUUCUCCA